AUGCCAAACGUGCGGCUGGUCUCUUUCCGCCCCUCCCCGGAACCCCCACUCCCCCCUCCCCUUCUUCCCCCACCGCCCCCCUUCUUCCCCCUCCCUCGCCCCUUCGUACCAUCCGCAGGUCGCGUGGGCGCCUGGGUCUCUAACUGCACGACGGACAUCGGAGCGACUCGCGGCAAGUUCCUGCUCGCCGUCUUUAAGGACGAGUCGUCGGGCACGCCCGUCUACAACCUCUAUUUCGACGCGGAUCUUGACGAGUACAGCGGAACCGCGCCCGACACGAUCAACAUCGUGCAAGGCGCGGCGUGUGACUCCACCGCCACCGCCGCCCUCACUCUGCCGUCCACCGGCUGGACCACACAGACGCGCGGCGGGCGCGGCGGCUCGCACACGGAGCUGCGCGUGACGGGCACCGUGAUCAACGGCGCGAAGCAGGGCUUCCAGAACGCCUUCGGCGGACGCCGCCGCGGGCGCGAGCUCGCGGGGAACAGCGCGGGGAAGCUGACGCAGCAGUUCCUGAAGCGCCAGCGCCAGCGCCUCGCGUGGAUGGGCGCGAAGACCAAGGCGCUGUUCGCGACGUUCAUCGGGACCACCGACACCACGACUGAUUCGCCGUACGCUGUCAUUUUUACCGACAGCACGACCGGCAACUCCUGGAGCGCCGCGCUCACUGGGAACUUCGGCAAGUGUGGCGGUCGUGGCGGGCGUGGUGGCAACGGGCCUGACGGUGACAGCGAUGGUCCUGCGUGGAUCACGGAGAGGAGUGAAGCUAGCAUGUCAGGGGAAUGCGGGCGUUGGGUGAGGGGGGGAAUUGGGGUGGGGUUUAGAGGGGAGGGGGGAAGAGUAGGAGGUGGGGGGGGUGGGGGGGGGGUCGCAGGGGGAGGGGAUGCGGGGGGUUUGAUCACGUGGGGUCUUCGGUCGACUUUUUGA